GGGAGUCCGCGCGUGCCCGCUUCGAGCUGCCUGCUCUGGCGGCUUCGCUGCUAGCUCGCGGCGACGUCGGGCCGGUUUUUCCAGGAUGACAGAGCUGAGGCAGAGGGUGGCCCAUGAGCCGGAUGCGCCACCCGAGGACAAGAUAAGUGGAGGGUCCACCAUCACUUUGUCACCUGAUCAAUGGUUGGCUGGAGCUGAGGAUCAUCUGUGCCCACCAAUCCCUGUUGCCUUACACCAGGCUCACGGCUUCCCCUAAUGCAGCCUAUAACUUUUUGAUGACUGGACGCAACGGACAUUAGGGAGACACCAAGAAGGAAGAAAGCACAAGAUUUGGUGACAGGAUGUCAACAGAGCAGUUACACUAGGAGGAAUGUUUUUGGUGAAAGAUAAUGAGAUCAUGGGUUUUUUUAAACAACUUUCGUGUUAUUGCAGUUGACAGUGGACUAUCCAAAGAGAACUGUUCCUACUGAUUUUUAGAACAUAUAUUUUGGCCAGGCACAGUGCUGCUUGCCUGUAAUCCUAGCUUCUAGGGAGGCUGAGGCAGGAGGAUCGCUUGAGCCCAGGAGUUUGAGACCCUGUCUCAAAAAACAAAAACAAAAACAUAUUUUGGAGAAAAUUUAGGGCUGGGGCUGAGGAUUUAGCAGUCGCUUGCAGAGACAAGAUACUUUGAAGUCUCUAAUUUUUCAUUUGGCUAUCCUGGUUCAGCCUGAAAGAAUUCUGACUUACCUUGUACUACUAGUUGGAGUCAGAGUCAGAAGCAAAGGUAGAUGGAGAGACUGCAUCGGACAGUGAGAGCCGGGCAGAAUCCGCACCCCUGCCAGUCUCUGCAGAUGAUACCCCGGAGGUCCUCAAUAGGGCCCUUUCCAACUUGUCUUCAAGAUGGAAGAACUGGUGGGUGAGAGGCAUCCUGACUUUGGCCAUGAUUGCAUUUUUCUUCAUCAUCAUUUACCUGGGACCAAUGGUUUUGAUGAUAAUCGUGAUGUGCGUUCAGAUUAAGUGUUUCCACGAGAUAAUCACUAUUGGCUACAACGUCUACCACUCGUAUGAUCUGCCCUGGUUCAGGACCCUCAGCUGGUACUUUCUCCUGUGUGUAAACUAUUUCUUCUAUGGUGAGACAGUGACGGAUUACUUCUUCACCCUGGUCCAGAGAGAAGAGCCUUUGCGGAUUCUCAGUAAAUACCACCGGUUCAUUUCCUUUACUCUCUAUCUAAUAGGAUUCUGCAUGUUUGUACUGAGUCUGGUCAAGAAGCAUUAUCGACUGCAGUUCUACAUGUUUGGCUGGACCCAUGUGACAUUGCUGAUUGUUGUAACACAGUCACAUCUUGUUAUCCACAACCUAUUUGAAGGAAUGAUCUGGUUCAUUGUCCCCAUAUCUUGUGUGAUCUGUAAUGACAUCAUGGCCUAUAUGUUUGGCUUUUUCUUUGGUCGGACCCCACUCAUCAAGCUGUCCCCGAAGAAGACCUGGGAAGGCUUCAUUGGGGGCUUCUUUGCUACUGUGGUGUUUGGCCUUCUGCUGUCCUAUGUGAUGUCCGGGUACAGAUGCUUUGUCUGCCCUGUGGAGUACAACAACGACACCAACAGCUUCACUGUGGACUGUGAGCCCUCGGACCUGUUUCGCCUGCAGGAGUACAACAUUCCUGGGGUGAUCCAGUCAGUCAUUGGCUGGAAAACGGUCCGGAUGUACCCCUUCCAGAUUCACAGCAUCGCUCUCUCCACCUUUGCCUCGCUCAUUGGCCCCUUUGGAGGAUUCUUCGCAAGUGGAUUCAAACGAGCCUUUAAAAUCAAAGAUUUUGCCAAUACCAUUCCUGGCCAUGGAGGCAUCAUGGAUCGCUUUGACUGCCAGUAUCUGAUGGCCACCUUUGUCAAUGUAUACAUCGCCAGUUUUAUCAGAGGCCCUAACCCAAGCAAACUGAUUCAGCAGUUCCUGACUUUACGGCCAGAUCAGCAGCUCCACAUCUUCAACACGCUGCGGUCUCAUCUGAUCGACAAGGGGAUGCUGACAUCCACCACAGAGGACAAGUAGGGGCCACCCAGGGCCAGGAGAACAGGAACAGAACUGAGCAGGGGCAGGUCUCCAAGGCAAGCCCAGCUGGUGUGACUUAGACAAUGACGAGGCUUCAACUCACUGUCUUUUUUUUUUUUUUUUUUUUGGGAGGGUAUUUUUUAUUUGUGGGUUCAAAAAAUCUGUAUAUACAGUCUAUGUGUUUAGAAUUUGUGUUGUAAGUAAACUACAGCUUUGAGUUGGAAAGAAGUCACGGGUUGUAAAACCAUUUGGAUUUUUUUAAAACAAAAGUAUUAAUAAUCUGGAAGACAGUGUUGCCCAGGUCAGGAGUGUUUUCUUGGUGGUUCCAGCCCCCAUCAAUUGAACUGUUUCUGGGCUCAGUCAGACACAGACAUUCAUCUGUGUCUGACCAAAUCAGGGGACUUCCCCACCUGUGGUGGGAGGCACAGCUUAGAUGUUUUGUACACCUGGUCUUUUCUAGAAAUCCCUGCUUGGAGCUGCAGAAGGGUUGCCUUCUGUAGGUCGGAGGAAUGGAGGCUUACUAACCAGGUAAGCCUUCUAGGCAUCCACACCAAAAUCCUGCAGAAUGUAAGUAAGCUCUGCUUUAUAAGAUGGGUUCACCUUCAUCGCAGACUGAAAGUUUCAGUUUUUAUUUUUUUCAGAAAGCACGAAAAAUUAUUUAUAAUAGUCUGGAGAAAAAACACACUGUAAUAUUUCAAGUGUAUGCAGUAGAAUGUACUGUAACUGAGCCCUUUCCCACAUGUCUAGGCUCCAAUGUCUCCUGUAGGUCCACCUAACUGUGUGUUUUCAGGGACAAUGCCAUCUAUGUUUGUGCCGUAGACUUGCUGCUGCUGAAUUCUUUCUGGGGACUUUCUCAUCCGACAGGGAGCAGAGGGCUUCUCGUUCAUGCACCCUUUGCCUGAACACCCAUGUAGCUGCUGUGUUGUGUAUAUAUUACUCUUAAGAGGAGUGUGUGUGUCUGUGUUUGUUUUAAAAGUCACUUAUUUCUUACAGUGAUUUCAAUUGCACCAUGACUUCUUCACUAAAACCACAAAGUCCUGCUUAAAACUAUGGAAAACCUAACCUGAUUAGAGGCUUGACUAUUUUGAAGAUUAAAUGCACACUUUUUAUAUAAUGUGACCAGUUUAAAUGUAGUUUGUAUUGUACUGGGGGACCUUUUGUUGUUGUUGUUUGCUUAAACUGUGAUUUUUUUCCCCUCCCUAAUUUCAGGGGUGAGAUUGACUUUGGGAAGACAGAUUAGUUCUUUGUCAGGCCAACAAGUGAUGGAGUGCGGGAGAGAGAACUUGGCGCCCAAAUAUAUCAAACUAUUCCGUGCCGUGGCUGUUUUCAUUGCCAACGAGGGUGUAAUGAUUUGCUUCUGCACCUUGGUCUAGUGCUGGUUUGUGGUGUUUUUGUUUGUAAAUUGGCCUCACUGCCUCCCUGAAAGUGCACAGUCAGCCCAGGUCUCUAGAGUGUCCAGCAGAGGAUGGAGCCCUCGGGAUGUUUCAGCUCACACAUCCUUGAGUGACUUCCCAUAUGUGUGUGGGGCUGAAGCGGCUUCUUUCCGCUGAACUUUUAUUUCCAUUUCAGCCUCGUGGCUUUUCUUAUUCAGGUCCAAGGCCCCUUAAAAACAAAACAUAUUAUUGCAAGGGGUUUCAUUUCAGUAUUGGCUGUGUCACUGGCAGGAUGCAUCACUCUCCAGGGCCUCUUUUUCGGAGCUACUCCCAAUUCCACUCUUCUGUAAUUCUGGCUGAGCAAGUUCAUGCCGGUAGAGGCUCAUUGAGUGAGGUCCUGGGCACCCCCCAAACAGGAAGUGUUUUCAGGCCCUUACAUGCUUAUCCUUAAGGUGAGUAGGUAUCUCAGCAGCACACCCGAACAGUAAAGGUGAUCAAUAAUGAAACUGUAGUUUUCAGAUUGAAGAAUGAACCUGGAUCACCAAACUAGAUACCGAAAGGGCUCCUCAUUUGUCUCUUUUGUCCCAUUGUGGGCAUAUGGUGGGCUUCUUGAGAGGAGGGAAUCUCAGCUGGGGCCUGGCUGCAGAGACCUGCUCUUGAAUAGGGCCGCCUUUGGGAUCAGGGAGCCGAGCAUACUGGGCAAGGCUCAUGUUCCUUUGUGGAAGUGGUCACUUGGUGGGGGUGGGGUGGGGAAGGGGGGUCCUAGGAAGCUGAAGCUGAGUGCACACUAGAGCUGCUAGCAGGCAGGCCAGAGGGUCAGCUUGUGUUUUAUUUUCUGAUUUCUCCUGCAUGCUUUCUGGAGAUGAGGAUUUUUUGUCAGGUAGCUAGGAGAGCACUGCCACCUUGUGUCCAUAUAGCACAAUGUUUCUCUUUCCUAUUCACAGACAAGAUUCAAGAAACCAUUUUUACGUGUGUACAUUCAAAUCUUCAUGAAUGGCAUCACUUGCUUUAGACCCAUUUUUUUUUAUUGGUCAGAAAUAAAAUGUGACUGCAACUGUG